CUCCCUCCGUGCCUCCCUCUGUCCACGAGCCCCGGCGGCGCGGGGAGGGCGGCCGGCGGAUCCGGUGAGCACGGGGAGCCGCUCUCUGCCUUCCCCCACCGGCGGCCUCCCUGCGGCUAUCGGCGUGGCGGGACUACAGCUCCCAGAGUGCCCCGCGGCGGGAGGACAGCUUCCGGCAGACUUCCGCCUCGGAACUACAUCUCCCAGCGUGCCCUGCGGCGGGACUACAGCUUCCGGCAGACUUCCGCCUCGGGACUACAGGUCCCGGCGUACCCCGCGGCGGGGCGGCACGUGAGCCCCACAGCAGCAUGGCGGCGCUGGCGCGGUGGGUGCGUGCCCCGCUGCUGCCGGGCGCGGUGCGGUGGUGCCGGGCGCUGUGCGGGGCCGCCACGGGCCCCCCCCCGCCGCCGCCGCCGCCGCCUCCUCCCCCUCCAUCCCCGCCUCCGCCGCCCCCCUCCUCCGCCGGGGGCCGGGCGCUGGCGGCGGCGCUGGGCGCCGGGGCGGCGGCGCUGCUGCUGCUGUGGGCCCGGCAGGGCGAGGGGCGCCGGCCCGCGCUGCCCGCGCUGCGCGCCGCCGUGCCCGCGCCGCCGCCCGCCUCGCCCCGCGCCGCCUUCAACUUCAUCGCUGACGUGGUGGAGAAGACGGCGCCCGCGCUGGUCUAUGUGGAGAUCGUGGGCAGGCAUCCCUUUUCGGGCCGCGACGUGCCCAUCUCCAAUGGCUCCGGCUUCCUGGUGUCUCCGGACGGGCUCAUAGUGACCAACGCGCAUGUGGUGGCGAACCGGCGGCACGUGCGGGUGAAGCUGGCCAGCGGGGAGCAGUAUGACGCCGUGGUGCAGGACGUGGACCAGGUUGCAGACAUUGCUACCAUCAAGAUCAAGCCGAAGGUGUGCAUCCUGGUUCUGGAGAUGGUCCCUCCGUCCCUCCCGCCCGCUCACUGCCCCCCUCUCUUGCAGCACCCGCUGCCCACGCUGCCCCUUGGGCGCUCCUCCGAGGUGCGACAGGGAGAGUUCGUGGUGGCCAUGGGCAGCCCCUUCGCCCUGCAGAACACCAUCACCUCGGGCAUCGUCAGCUCUGCGCAGCGGGGCAGCCGGGAGCUGGGCCUCGCCGCCUCCGACAUGGAGUACAUCCAGACAGACGCUGCCAUCGAUUUUGGGAACUCCGGCGGCCCCCUCGUCAACUUGGACGGCGAAGUGAUUGGGGUGAACACCAUGAAGGUGACAUCAGGCAUCUCCUUUGCUAUCCCCUCUGACCGGCUGCGGAAGUUCCUGCAAAAGGAGGAGGACCGCAAAAGCUCUUGGUUUGGGAACACAGAGACAAAGCGCCGCUACAUCGGGGUGAUGAUGCUGACUCUUACACCCAGCAUCCUGGCUGAGCUGAAGCUCCGUGACCCCAGCUUCCCCGAUGUCUCCUAUGGAGUGCUAAUCCACAAGGUCAUCAUCGGCUCUCCGGCCCAUCAGGCAGGGGUGAAGGCGGGUGACGUGGUGCUGGAGAUCAACGGGCAGGUGUCGCGCCGCGCCGAGGACGUGUACGAGGCAGUGCGGACGCAGCAGAGCCUGACCCUGCUGCUGCGGCGCGGCCACGACACGCUGCUGCUGAGCGUCGUCCCCGAGGCCACUGAGUAGCGGAGCUGCCACGUGGGGCAAGACACGCAGGACUGAGCCAUGUCCACGAGCUGGGCACGGACACACCGAGACCUUGGGGGAACUGGAGGGCGCCCGGCCCAGUGCCGGGGUGGACUCGUGGAGCAGCCUUUCUGUACUCAAAUAAAGCACUUUUAUAGGGACCCCCCAGUGCCGCGGGGUCUCCUGCCCACAGUACUGCCUGGAGGAGGCUGGGCUGUGAGGGACCCUGCCCCUCCUGUCA